GUGGUAACUCAGGAUAUACACUCAUUACUGACCAGCGAAGGAACUGACCAGUAGAGAUUUUAUCAGAAAAAAAAACUGACUGAAGCCAUUCAUGGAAGACAUUUAUGUGCACUUUUAAUUUCCGAAAUUUAUACAGAAAAUAACCGUGGAUGGGGAGAAGUUACAGUAUUAGCCAAUCAGGAUUGGCACUGGAUGGAUUUCACUGAUUGGCGGGCCUAAAGAACUGUGUGUAGUGGUAUUAGCCUUUUGCAAGUGAGAGUUAAACAUAUUAACUUAUGACUUGGGGAAAUUAUGGCAUCGUGAUAAUUUGAAAGCCCAGAAACAUUAAUCCGUUGCAAUGAACUUGUAAAAGACCUAUUUCACAGAUUCAUGUAAUCGGCCACAUUCUUCCAGCAGAACAUGACUUGAUUAACAAAACAGAAGGGGGUAAAAAAGCUACUAAUGGUUGUGGCAAUGAUACAUAGCAAGAAGACUUUUAAGGGAGUAAAACUGGAGCAGGAAGGCACAACGAAUGAAGGAGCAAGCAUACUGUUAUGUUUUUUCUACUGAUUCAGACUGUAAGAACUCAUGACAGGGAAGGACUCUAAGACCAAAAAGAAGUAUCGUUUAACAAGAGUUGCCCAAAAAUGAAACUGGAGGAACAUACUAGAAACUAAUUCCAAUUUUUUUUUUUUUAGAAAGAAGGGCUUUGAUUUUAAUUUGAUUUUGAAAAAAAGCACUACAAGUAAAACUGACAGCAUCAGAAUAGAGAGAUGAGAUAUUGAACUUCAUUUUUGUUGCAGCCAUUAAAAAACAAUUUCUGGCCUCCAAGGACUUUACUCUAGUUCAGUUGAUAUAUUUCAAUAAAAAGGAAGCACACGAUAAAACAAAGACCAACCAGGGUAACAGAAACUUGCUCAAGAGCAUAUCUCAAAUAUGCAAUGGAAAUUAUAAAUUGUGAGAGAAAAAUGCACAUUCACUGGCUUUGAAAAGUGGCCAUUGUUUUCAAAAGGGAGGCCCAUUCCUUUGAUUGAUAGCCCCAAAGGAGGCAGACUUUGAGUUGGGGCGGCAGUUUCUAUGCAGGAUAUCCUCCAAAGGAACUGCACAGUCGGUGUCCCUCUGCUCUGAUGGUGUAACUACCACAUCCUCUGAGAGUUCACAUCUCUUCCAUCUCUCAAGUAUUAAAGGUGGCAUAAAAGGUGCACCAGCAAGUUGAUCUUGCAGAGAGUUGUUGGUGAUGAAUGAUGGAGGAAGCCUUGGUGACAGUGAAAGUCAGGCUUCUCAUAGAUUAUAGCACAGUCAUUUACUCAGAACAUUUCUGAAGGAAAAUAUUGCUUGGUCAAAGUGGCAAGGGAGGAAAGAAACACACCCACUCUGGAGAAUACUGUGAAAGCAAAGAAGGACAGUUUUUUAAUGUGAAUUGCUCAGGCUUCUUUUAAUAAGGAUUAUCAUUUUAGAACAGGAAUUGCAACGUUAAACAAAUUUCAGAAAGUUCGAAGGAUGUAAGUGAUCUCUGUUGCGGAAGAGCAAAGAGCUGCAACUGUCAAAACUUCAAUACAUUUUGUUUUAUAAAAAUAAUUUAUGAGUACAUAGACCUGUCAAAAAAGGAGAGGGAAAAAAACACCAAGAAAGUAUCCUUGCAGGAAAUAGGAAGUGUGGUGAAUGACAGAGUUGAUAGGAUGGCAAUUUUUUUAAAGAAAUAGUUGGGCUUCUUAAGAGUACUAGCAAUGUCAACCAAGCCACUUGAUUAAUGAGGUUGUAACUGGGACAGUGGGAAAACCAUUCAACUUGUCACAGGGUGGACUGAUGGAUCAGGCACACCAACUAUGAGCAUGAAGUAGCUGUCAACGUUGGUCAGAAUUAUUUUCUAACAAGAACUACAUACUUUAUUCUGACACCAGACGGCUGUGUUAAUUUAGUUUUGUUAGUCAGAAGAAUGGAUUGAUAUUAUUUAUUGAGGACAAAAUGCUGGAUGUCACUCCUCGGCUGCUUUAUUGUUGAGGUUAUGAGGUUUUGCAGAAAGAGUGAAAAUAGUCUUUAAUGAGGACUGGGUGUUUGAUUUGGCUAACUAUUUUGUUAUCAAUGGCUUAGAACAUUGUGGAAGAUGUUCUUUUACAAGAAGUGCAUAUUUUAAGUUGGCAAGUCAACAUGUAAUUGAAAAACCUGCUGCUUAUAAGAAGGAAUUUAUUGGAAUACAUGGAGAAAAGAACAAUGCUUCAAUCUUAAUUUUUCAAAUACAUGUUCAUAUACAUGUUCAAAUGGACUGUUUUGAUUAGUCAUUUAGUCUUAGCUUUUUACAUUUCCAUUGCUGUGCACAGAGCGUUGUUUGGUUUAAUUAGUGUCUGACAGAAACUGCAGGUUAGUACUUGGCCAUCGCAAAUAUCAUGCUGAAGCAAUUCUUUGGGGACAUUUUCUGAAAGCACACACAAGACCCGAGCCAAACUGUCUCCUGUUGUCUCAGCAUGUUGCGUUGUAGGUGGCGCUUGGGUUCCCAAGCAAUGAGGGAGAUGUUUGGCGUGAUCCUUCUCCUGGCCAGCUUGUCUGUGCUCAUCACUUACCAAAUCAGCAAAGGACUGCUUCAGAAGACCUCAGAUGGGGUACUGGAACUACAGAUACAAGUGGAUCAGAGGUUUCAUGAGUUAAGACGCGUGCUUCAUACGUCGCGCCAUGGUGAAGGUGGCAGUGCUGGAGCACCUGCUGAGGUAGUGCCCGGAGAAAACGUGACAUUUAAUUCGGGGACCCUAGGUCGGAGGUUGCGGCUGUAUCGGCAAGAUGGCAUCCAAAGGCAGAUCACUCCACUGUACAGGAAACUGAAGAAGUUAGAAGAUGUGUACCUAGAUCGUCUGGGCAGGAGAGAGAAGGUGGCUCUGGUCAGAGGUAGCAGUGUGGCCGUGCUCAGAGACCUACCCCUGUAUGAACAGGUACUGAAGGGACAUGGGUUCAGCGUGAGGAAACCAGUAUGGUAUGAGAGACAACAGGGGGAGAAGGUGCAGGAAGGCCAUGGAGGGAAAGAGGAGGAUGGUGGUAGUGCCACUGUAGGGAUGGGCGUCAGAGAUGACUGGCUGGUGUUACUGUGCCUUUCCUUCACUGAUGGUGAUAAUGGCUACUGUCUGAGACGAGAAGAAUAUCGAAAAUUAUACAACUAUCAGAAGGUGAACAGAAUUCCAGGAGUCCGAGGCACUUUGUGGAGGAAGGAUGCCUUGUGUAACACAAUGAAUGCAGUGUCUAACAUUCCAGAUUUAAAGACCACCCAGCUCUAUCUCCCCUGCUAUGUAAUGCCAGCCCAGUAUUCCCAGUAUAUACAAGAUAUAGUCAAGUCUACAGAGCCAGAUGUCAGGUGGAUAUACAAGCCUAAUACCCCAGGGGGAGGGGUGGAGGUGGUGAGCACAGAGAACAAAGUGGAUUUGUUGAGGUUUAAGACCACAGAGGGUGUACUACAGCGCCUCUUUGAGAACCCUCUCCUGUUGUUUGGCUCCCCGUUCAAUGUGCGGGUUUACGUGGCUGUUACAUCUGUUGCACCACUCAGGGCAUAUGUGUAUUCUGAAGGUCUUGUACAGUACAGGCAGGAUGCUAAAAAUAACUUCAAAAAAGUACCAAAUCGAUCUUGGUUUCUUACCCAACUCCGUCAUUAUUUAACCCACAACUUUGGGAAAGAGGCUGCGACAGUUGCAUUCCACAACAUGGAGAGUGUUGUGCUGCAGACAUUGUUACUGGCAGAGUCCACGCUGGUGGCACACUUCUCUGGAUUCUCCCAGGAUUCCCACUCGCGUCCAUACAGGUGCCAGAACUGCUAUCAGCUAUUAGCAUUUGAUGUGAUAUUCAACUCCACAUUCUACCCUGCUGUAGUAGAGGUAAAUGGUCAACCAGACAUGCAGGAGGGACAUGAAGGUGGAAACAACUGGGCAAGCAAUGUGGUCAAGCGAGGGGCAGCUGAUGAACUGCUGUCCAUGUUGUUCUCUCGGACCAGUGUAGUGGAUGAUGUGGUCAGAGCAGUGAAGGAACUGGACAGUAACAUUGGAAUUGUGGAUGUUAGUUGUCAGUCGUGGCACAAGUUCUGUCUCACUGAGCAGGACCUGAUAUAUAUGAUGGAUACCAGGAGAGAGUACAUGAACAAGGGAAACUACCACCAGCUGUACCCAUCACCUUCAGCAGAUGUUUACAUGCCCCUACUCCACAGCAUCCAGAAGAAUUCACUUGGUUCCAGACUGAGGACAGCAUACCCUGGACUAUCCGAGAAUGCCCCAGAAAGAGUCCACCGCCACCCCACUGCUGAGCUCCAUGAUGUGAUCAUGAGGAUGGAGCAUUUCUACCACAAUCCUGAGAGUCUAGAAGACAGCUAUGAUGAUCUGAAUGUCCCAGUUAAAGAUGAAAUCAAGCUUACUGCCACAGAAGAUAUUCAGUUAAUUAAGAAUGUCUAUGUCAAACCUAAUGGCAAAUUAGGUAUAACUACAGAAGAGGAGUGUAGUGAAGAUGAAGAACUUAAGCCAUAUAUGAGUGCCAUUCAUACAGACCCUCCAAUAAAGCUCCAGCCCAGCUUCCGUGCCACCUCCACAGAGUACCAGGCCACAGUACCAUACAAUGUCCUCCUGGUGAAGGUCUGGGCCACAGCCAGGAGCUGUGACUGUGAAGUACGCCUCCAAGAUACAUAUGGGCCAUCCAGACCCAUGAACUAUACCCUGGGCAUUGGCUCCAAUAGAGUAACAUUCCAUGUGGUGGACAUAGGUCACUCAGAACCCUGGGUCAUCAACUCCUACACACUGACCAUCUACAGGGAGAGCAGGAGUGAGAGAGUUCAGGAGUCCAAGAUGGGUGACCAGCAGGCUGCCUGCCAGCUACAGCAGGACUGUGACCUGGGCCUGGCCCCAGACCAGCCAUGUGGUGUACAGACAUCCGCCUACACCAGCUGGGACACAUUCCAACAACACAGGGCACAACUACCACACUGUCAUACUGGAGACAACACAGGUGUGUGGUAUAUACCAUGUGGUCAGUGUAAUGAUGAGAACAGCUGUGAUUGGAGCCAAGCAGUGUGGCAACCUGACACCUGCAGACACCAUAUCAUACCACGUGGGGAGGUUAAACAGUGUUUAAGUAAAAAGAAGCUCAUGUUUAUAGGAGACUCCACCAACAGAGGCAUGAUGCACUACAUCAUGGAACAGAUUAAUGGGUCACUGUCAGAGUGGGACAAGACACACAAUAUUAAAGUUUACAGCAACAUUAACAACAACAGUACCAUGGUCAGUUUUGCUUACUACCCUCAGUUCUGGCUCCCCACUGCAAGGAGGCCAGUCUUUGAGAAGGCACUGUAUCAAUUGUUUAAAAGAUCAGAAGCCAUUGAUAACAGCAGCUCCACAGUGCUGGUAGUAGGCGGAGUGCAGUGGUUGGGAGCUCACCACCUCAGUGUUUUAAAAAACUUUUUGGACAGGGAGGGAUGGACUGGUAUCCAGGUCAUUAUCAAGGGCCUUGGUUCUGGUUUCCACCUCAAGGUAGAGGGACUGAUGUGUCUGUCACUGGAAGAGCAGAGGAAGCAGGUAAAACACAACGAAGAACUAAUGGAGUCAGCCAAGUCUCUUGGUUACGAUGUGGUGGACACUUUUGCUAUGACAGUUUCAAGAUUCAAAGAAUUUCUCCAGGGAAGGUGUGCCUGUCACUUUCAUAGGGUAACAGAAAUCAGGGACAGAAGAAAACGGCAAACAGGCCAGGGUAUAUCAUCCCCCAUUCGAUACCACGUGGAGGGUGAAAUAAAUACUGCAUAUUCAGAAAUACUAAUCAACAGAAUGUGUGACAAGAGGAGGUAGCAUAGGACUGUCCUGCACUGAGGGCAGGUUCACAGCAAUUACUAGAAGGAAAUUUGUUUGAAGGAUAUGAUGAAUGAUAGAAUAUUCCAGACAGAGCAGAAAGCGUGCAGUAAUGGCGGUUGACUUGUUGUAGGAUAUAUCUAAUAUACAAUCCAAUAACAGCUGUGAUCUUUCAUCAGUGUUUCCAGUUAUCUGAGAAAAUGAGCCAUUUUACAUAUAUGGUAAAAAAUAGUUUAUCUAUGAUGUCAGCCGUUUCUUACCUUUCAUAAAAGAGGUGGAAUAGUCUGUUUUAGAGAAGCUGUCUUAACUGAGACAAAAGUAGACUAAGUUUUCAGUCUUAAAAAUACCAAAUUUCAAAUUGGGUAUCGGAGUAAUUUUGUGAUAGUCACAUCCUCAGCACAUUUACAAAAACUUUCAUUUCUAGGUUAUUUGUUAGGGUUGGGCCAUGUGGUGCUAUUCAUGCAAUUAGAUCUUGGGUCAAAAGACAGCAGAGAUGAUUCCAUAAGUGACAAUAUCGUGGCUGCAAUUUGUACGCAUUUUGUUAUCAAUAUGCAUAUUUUGAAAUAUUGCACGCCUUCAUUUUCAGGCAUCAUUAUUCUGUGAUUGCAUGUAAGUUUAUUAGCUCUGUUUCUUCGGGACAAUGGUCAUUUAUCACAUAAUAUGUAGAUGGAUUUUCCCCAAAAAACAAUUUCUUAUUACAGAUGUGUAGUAUUACUGUUGAAAAAUGUUUCAGUAAUAAUUGUAACUGUUUGCAUGGGCAGCUUAAUUGCCACAAUUGCAGAUAAAUGUUUUCCUUUCUUUAGUGAUUCAUAUGUAUGUUUCACUGGUGCUAAACAUUUUGUUCUAGUUUUAUUAACAGGUGCUACAUGUGUAUAACUGGUUUGCGUGACCAGUGCUUACAAUUACCAGUAAUUAUAAGGUCAGUUUUAAUCUGAUCUGUGCAAGCGAAAAUUUAUGUAGUCCAGAAAUUAAUGCUUUUAAGAUUUUACAAGAAGAGAUAAGAGUGUGUAAAUAUUGCAAUAUCUGUUUUUAAGGACUUAGUUUGCAAUGAGGUGUCAAAUUUAGAAGUGGUGAAAGAUUUUAAAAAAAAAGAAAUCUGUUCAAAUCUGUGAUGAUAAAAGAUAUAUUUUUGUACAGAAUCCAGUGUACAUUAUAUUGUUAUCAGUCUCUAUGUUUGCACUUUAUUGUUGCCCUAUUUUAUACAUAUUUAAACUUGUAAAUUUCUAGGGACAGGAAUUGAUCAAUACUUAUUGGUGUGAGCACAUUCUGUUACUUUACAGCUGAAUAAACCCUUUAUU